UCAGCAGGGACUGGACCCACAGACAGGGACGCGUUAUGUGCCGGACACUUGUGAGAUGAAGGACAAGAAGAAGAAGAAAAAGAAAUAUUAGAUGUUUUGUUUUUUGGAAGUGGGAUGAUCGGGUUGGAUGUUUAUUUUGUUCAUCAUUUGCUGGAUACUAACACUGAAGUGAUGUGGGAAUAAUGUGCGAAUACCCGACUUCGAUGGCGAACACAAGCGAGUUGGGAGAGAGCAGCAGUCCGUCCUUCCACAACUAUGCGUCCGCGGCCUCUGCGGUCAAGUUGGCCUCCCUGGGUCUGAUCAUGGGCAUCAGCCUGCUGGGCAACGCGUCGCUGUCCCUGCUGCUGCUGAAGGACAGCUCCCUGCACAAGGCGCCCUACUUCUUCCUGCUGGACCUGUGCCUGGCGGACGUGGUGCGCUCCGCCGUCUGCUUCCCCUUCGUCAUGGCAUCUAUCAGCGGCGGGUCAGCCUGGCCGUACAGCACGCUCUGCUGCAAACUGGUCGCCUUUAUGUCGGUGCUUUUCUGCUUCCACGUCGCCUUCCUGCUGUUCUGCGUCAGCGUCACCCGCUACAUGGCGAUCGCCCACCAUCGCUUCUACUACAAGCGGAUGAAUGUGUGUACGUGCGCGGCGGUGAUCUGCAUGGUGUGGACGCUCUCUGUGGCCAUGGCGUUCCCCCCGGUGUUCGACGUGGGCACCUACAAGUUCAUCCGUGAGGAGGAGCAGUGCACCUUCGAGCACCGCUACUUGAAGGCUAACGACACGCUGGGCUUCAUGCUCAUGCUGGCGGUCAUCGUGGGCACGACGCAUGUGGUGUACGUGAAGAUGCUGUGCUUCGUGUACGAUCACCGGAAAAUGAAGCCGGCUCAGUUGGUGCCAGCUAUCAGCCAGAAUUGGACCUUCCACGGACCGGGGGCCACCGGGCAGGCUGCCGCUAAUUGGAUAGCCGGAUUCGGACGAGGACCAACCCCGCCGACCUUAGUGGGGAUCAGGCAAGCCUCUCACCCCGGAAACAGGAGGCUUCUGGUGCUGGAUGAGUUUAAAAUGGAGAAACGGAUCGGGAAGAUGUACUACAUAAUCAGCCUGACCUUCCUCAUUCUGUGGGCUCCUUAUAUAAGCGCCUGUUACCUGAGAAUAUUUGUGCGCGGAGCUCCGGUGCCGCAGCUCUACCUGAGCGCUGCGGUGUGGAUGAGCUUCGCCCAGGCGGGGGCCAACCCCAUCAUCAGCUUCCUGUUCAACAAGGAGCUCCGGCUGCGCCUCAGAGCCUGUUUCCCCUCCUGCCUGGGAACACAGACUCCCAUGGAGCCAUACUGUGUCACAUGAGGCCCCAAAAUACUGCCAAAGACACAUGUUGUUUCAGAAUGUACGCAGACUGCUCCCCAAAUGUGUUUGUACACACACAUACAUAGGGAUGAUGUGGAGGGUGAACCCACUUCUCAUUGCUUCUAAUAUUUAUUUAAUUGCUUUUUUUGUUCAUGGCAAAUAUAAAAUUUGCUUUUUUAAUCUGACAAAAACUUGAAUGUGAUAUAAAGUAAAGCUACAAAAGGCAUAUGAUUUGAUGGUUUUUCAAAACAAUCCCCUUUGCCAUUUGUUUUAUUUGCUUCACAGUAGGGGAGAGCGGGGUCAGUUGGGACACUUAUGUAUCUACACGAAAUAACUUUGAUUUCAUACAUUACUUCGACAAUAAUGACAAUAUUUGAAUGCCUAAACAGAUAUUGGUGCCUGCUGACAAUCAAACACGUGUUUUAAUGCCGAACCAAACAUGAAAGGCACACAUUUGUAAAAGGUUACCUUGUUUAGGGCAAAACAAUUGAAAAAUACAAAUGUGCAGUCUUAAUUUGAACACCAUAGUUCAUAUUUAUAAUAUAACUUGCUUUAAAACUUCUGGGGAAAAAUAAAAAAUGUUAACGGUUUCUACUGCCACUUGAGUAAACAUUGUGUCAGUGACGUAACAUUAUGGUCUCCUUAUGUCAUGUCUUUUUUGUUAUUAAAAACAAACUAUAAACAAUACAGUCCCAAUUAAACUCGGGGACAUGUCUCCACGAUCCCUGAGAGAGCAGACACACUUUGGCUUCUUGUUCUGCACAACUGCAGCAACACUAACCUCAACCAACAGUCUAGAAAAUGUUAUGUUUACGGCAUUACUAAAAACUGUAUAUAAGAGGAACAAUUACUUAACAGCUGAAAUGGGCUUUUAUAAGCUGCAAUUUAUGAAACUGUCUUUAAAAUGUGAGGACAUAGACUUAAAUGCUCAAAUUAAUGAUGCAUUCACACCAGACGCAAAGCAAAGAUUUACCAACCAUAACUCGCACAAGUUUUACUGCGGCAUCAUUUUUGUUUACUCCGCAAUAUCAGAAUGAGGCCGAAGUAACUACACACUUAAACAAAUUAGUUAUUAAACCAUGAAUUAAUGCUUUGGCAAGUGUAUCUGAAGACGGCAGGCAAAAAACAUUUGAAGUGCUACGCUAAUCAGGCUAUGCUAAGCUAACGAUGUUGCUCCUCCAUCCAUACUCAACAUAACGUCAUAUAGACAUAAAGUGAAUACAGGCGGAGAUCCUUACUGCUGAUUGGCUUGCGUGAGACAGCGUCACGCAAAUGACUUGCUCAAGUUGAAAAAAUUGAACUCUUGCAAAUCUGCUUCUAUCCGCGUUUUAUCAUUUACUUUACAUGUAAUCCUGCCAUGUGAAAAAUCCACUUUACAUCCAGUGUGAAUAACGCACCAUAAAAAGGGUGUCUGAGCAUUGUGAAGAGCAGAGAUCCUUUUUGAGGAAAAGUACCAACUGACCCCGCUCUCCCCUGCUGUACAUGACACUUAUUCCAAAUAGGGUAUAAGACAUGUAGCUACUGUGUCAUGUUAUGUCCUAUUUUUGGGGAUUAUUUUUCAUGUCCUAUUCAGUAUAUCAACUUUUUCGGUCCACAACAAUAUUGUACAUGAAUGUUACUUUGGCUAUUAGUUUGUAUAUUUUCAAAUUGUAUCCCGGCACACUCGUUUGAGGUCGUUUGCCUUUUGAUGACUGAAACACAACAGAGCUAUUUUAUCAGCUGAUCAGAGAUAGUUUCUCUGUGACACACUGGCUUUCUAGUUGUUUGGAUACCACAAAUGAGACACAGAUCUCAGUCUAUUUUUAACGAGGACAGCCAGGGUCCCAUUUGUAAAUACUGUAUAGCCUCUUUUCCUUCAUUCUUUCUGCUUUUUUUUUUACCAGAUAAGUGGUAUAUUUGAUAAUCCAUUUGGACUCUUUGUGUUUAAAAAGGUGUUAAAACUCACUUUAAAAAAGGUAUUUUGCUAAUUCUUCUUCUUCAUGGGUCAGUUCUGUUGGGUUAUCCUUGAAUUAUAUUAUUUUCUACAGAUAUGGACAUAAACAUGUUAACAAUUUGGUGCUUUGGAAAAGAUGUUUGCAUUGUUUGUA